GCCCCGCCCGCUGGGCUCCGGCCGUCACUUCCGCCCGCUCGGCUCCGCAGCUCCAAUAUGGCGGCGCCCUGUGGCUCCUCACAGCUCUCAGCCGCCGAGCCGCCGCUGAAGAUCCCCAAGAUGGAGGUGCUGUCUCCCGGCUCUCCCGGGGCCCUCAGCGACGGCAACCCUAGCCUCUCCGACCCUUCCACGCCCAGCGGCGCUUCCCCGCUAGGCCCCGCCGGGCCGGGCUCCGUGGCCGCGGCUACCUCGGCGGGGACUGGGGCCGGCUCGGGGGGCGGCGGCGGCGGCGGGGGCCGCGGCGGGGCCUCCCCGUCCGUCUCCUUCUCGCCCGGAGGCACAGCCACGGCGGCCGCCUGCCGAGGCGUGUCAUGGACGCCGGCCGAGACCAACGCGCUGAUCGCCGUGUGGGGCAACGAGCGGCUGGUGGAGGCGCGGUACCAGCAGUUGGAGGGCGCCGGCACCGUGUUCGGCAGCAAGGCCCCCGGGCCCGCCAUGUACGAGCGGGUCUCCCGGGCCCUGGCCGAGCUGGGCUACGAGCGGACACCGUCCCAGUGCCGCGAGCGCAUCAAGGUACGGAGCGCAGCCGCUUGCCCAGCAAGUGAUGCUCGAGAGAGGAGGAGGAGGAGGAGGUACCUGGGCGUUCCCUGAAAAGGGUGGCUCAUAGCUUGGGGACUUCUCCAUGUGGUUGGUUGGCUGGCGGGCCGCUUCUUCCUUGGAAAUCCCAGCGCACUUAAGUCUUGGCCGAGGAAAGAAUUUGCCCUUCCUUCGGGCUUGCUUUGUAAGCCUUCGGUUGAUUCUCCAGGGAGCUUUUGACAGCCAACAAAACUCAUCCCCUAGUGCCCGUUUUGGUUUUGUCAUUCUCUGGUCCGUUGCGACCAACUAAAUUAGCUUUAGUGUGGGGCUGGGGACAGUCCAUUUAUUGCUUUCUUGGACUUAAUUGGGGUCAAGAAAUCACAUGUAAUCAACUCCUCAUUAAAAGGAGAAAACAAGGCAGCACCAUCCUAUCCAGCAAUGCAAGCAGUUGAAUGAAGAUUUUUUUUGGUCUGAUUCCUAAAGAUUUUGUAAGGUUGGCAAGGCCACAGGCUAUUAUUUUAUCUUCUUCUUUUCCUUCAAGAGCAGGAUGCUCCCUUUACGAAAGAGUUCCCACGCUGAGUUCCCACUUUCUGAGUUAUCUGCCACAGGCAGCAGGACUCCAAUGAAUCACAGGCAGCACAGCUCUAGAUAUGAGAAGCAAGGCUGAGAGUUGUUCUUCCAGAAGAUAAGAUUCCGCAGCUUGAAAAAUAUUAGGAACUGGUUCAAUUUGGAUUCCUGUGUUUUCUGUACAGUUUAGCAGACCAAAUUUAUAUUGGUGGUUGUGUGCCGUAAUGGUGAAGAGCAAUAUUCAGUGGUAGCUUUAUCUGUUCAAGUAUAGUAAAUGUUUUCUAAAUGACAGGUUUGUUUGAGGACUUGGUUUAGUUUUGUUCAUGGUAUUUGGACAUUAGUUUUAUUAUGCGGCAUUAAAAAGGGAUAUUAGUAGUGAAUGUGUUGAAGGAUGUUAGCUUUUGGAAAGUAAGUGGACAAAUUCAUGUGGAAUGCCAGUAGAACUCAAAGCAAAAAUGUCUCAAGCAAGUUAAAUCUCAUGCAAGUCAAAUCAUCUGUUUCCAUUUUCUGCCAGGUUACAAGAGUACAUAUUGCUGUUUUAAAAAUGAAUAUUAUUUAUGUUUCUGUUUAGUUGAGUGACUUUUUAGCUGAACGGCAGCAUCUUAUGGAGUAAGUAUUGUUGUGAAUUGGUGUGGGGAAGUAGGUUGUGAGUCCUUUCUAAUUCCUGAAUCCAACAAGGAUCCAAUUGCUAGAAUAGCUAGACAAGUUUUUGGUAAUGUCCUCCUAAGUGUGGGUCCUUAAGGUAACAAAGGAAGUGGCUCUGUGCCAGCGGCAAAAUGGGUGGGCCCCCAUCCCUCAACUGUAUUAGAAAGAUAAAGGCCAGAGUUGAAGGGUGUGAGCUAAAAACAGGAGGCUGCAGUCUGGGUAAUAUAGAUUCCUAGUUUAGUGGUUGUCUUCUCUGGGAAUGUGGUAUCUGACAAAUCAGUUAACCAGCAUAAGAAGCAUGUAGUUUUCCUUAUUUUUCAGUGUGAGAAUAAAUGGUUCUGAAUAAUGAAAUUUGUUAGUGACUGGAGUGAAACUUUGUUGGUUCAGUUAAUAGUUUUUCUUAUUAGGUGGGAAAGGUAGCAGGAAUUAGUAUAAUGGCAAAUUAAAUUUGCUCAUAUUCCCAAGUUUUCUCAUUUUCCUCUUCACUCUGACUAAUAUUGAAGAGGAUGCCAUUUUAACUAACUUAACUUGUAUUUUGCUUAUUUUGAGUCAGUGCUGCUGAAUAUAAGUUUCCUUUAAUUUUAACCUGUUGCUAUUAAUACUAAGAUAAGGGGAGGGUGUCUGGUGCUGUCAGCUUUGUUAGUGAAAACCACAUGUGUGAUCAUGGAAGUGAUACAGGAGCAGCAGCAGCAGUACAUAUCCUGGGAUGCUGUAUUUGGGCCGUUUCAUCAUCCAUCCACCAACCCACAGCCUUUUGUACAGGCAGUGCAACUGUUCUGUGGGCACAGAGCGGUCACCUUUAUCAGACAAGUAUUAAUCUUUAUGACAGUUUGUAUGUUGCCCCAUAACACAAAGUUGUCUAGGUCAGGGGUUCCCAAACUAUUCCAGACUACCAGUAGUUGCAAGUGUGUCUGAAAAUAUAAUUAAAAAUCAUGCAGCUGCUAGCACAGUGCAUUACAAUUGCUAUAACAGGCAGAAAACCAGUAAGCAAUUUUCAAGUGGUUCAUGGGGAAAUCUUUCUAGAUGCCUUACAGUAAAUAAAUAGAAAACAGUGAAAAUGGACCUACUAAACCAUUAGAACUGCUUUUUAAAAUAUAUUUUAUGGUUUUGUUUUUGGUCUUCGAUUUGGUUUUGAUUUUUUUAUUUUGUAUUAAUGUUUGUAUUUUGUAAGUUGCUUUGGGUCACUUUUUGUGAAAAGGUGACAAAAAUGCAAGAAUAAUAUACAAAUAAAUACAAAUAAUACAAUAUACAAAUAAUAUACACCAAAUCCAAAAGCUAUGUAGAGACAAUAGACCUCUCCAUACUGGGUACCCUCAAUGUUAAAGACAUUUUUAAAAAGGGGGUAGAGAAACAACAACCCCAGACUAAGUUAUUUAAAAGCCUGGAUGAGCAGAAAGGUCUUAACCUAGCACCCAAAAGACCAUAAAGGUGAAGCUGAGUGGGCCUCUCUGAGGAAGGUUAUUCCAUGAGUAGGAUGCUGUUACUGAAAAGGCAAUUUUCCAGGUGGUUACCUACAUCACUUCAUUUGAUGGGGGCAUCCAGAGCAGGGCCUCUGUAGGGGAUCUUAAGGUUUUGAUAGAUACGUAUGGAAGAAAGCAAUCUGUUGGGUAGCCUAGUCCCAAGCACUUUAAUUUCACGUUGGAGCAUCCUCUAGACAGCCUGCCCUUAAGAACUUACAUGAUUCUUUUAAGCAUCACAAGAUUGCUAUAAGUGGGCUACUCUCAUGCAAGAGUCAGAAAUUGUUUAAAGCCAGUAAGUAGUGCAUGUGGUAAACGUGCAAAGCUGGUUAAGCAGUUAUGCCCUGCAAGGAGGAAGUGCUUUCAGAAUAAGUGUUUAUUCAGACCAGUUAUAGCAAGUUGUAGGACAGAACCAUAAAGGAUUAAAAUGGUUGUAGGAAUUAAAUGACAGAGUAAACAUCCAGAAGAAUUACAUGAAAUUAUGAUUGGUAGGCAAGCAAUAAAAUCAGUCUCUAACAGCUGAAGAUUUUCCAGAAGAGGAAGGCAUUCAUACUGUGAUGGAAGGCUAAUGUUUGUUUAUGGUAUUUGUAUGCCACUUAGGAGGUAAGAUAAACCUCCCUGGCGGGAGGGGGGGAGUUCCAAGGUCUGGGUGCAGUAACAGAAAAAGUCCCUUCUUCCUGUUCCUGUUCAAACAAUUUAGGUUUCAAACUGUCAAGAGGGCCUCCAAAGAUGAAUAGUUAGGCAGGCUCAUGUGGGAAAAGGCAGUCUGUCCCAGAAAGUAUAAAGGUAUGUAUCUAGAAGAGCAUUUAAUGAUAUGGGCUCUCUUCUCUGUAACCUGAAGUGGUGGCACGCCUUUAUGGCUUUAAGGCAGAUUGUCAAUUUGAAUCAAUUAUCUUGACUCUGGUAUAACCAUUACGUGUGAGCAAUUUUUGAUGCUGGCAUUCAUUUUGCACCUUUGUAACUUUAGCCAGGGCAGGUUGGAAGAGGUCACAUGUAUUUUGGCAGGUGGCCUAAUCCUACUAUAUUUUUAUAUUGUUUUACUUGCAUGCUAUAUUGAUACAAUAUUGACUAAUCCAAAACAGGAUUGCUUAGUUUGAUUCAGAUGAAAUUAAAAGUUUCCCUUUCAUGUUUUUGAUACCAGUUGCCACAUUGAUGCAGGCCCAAUAAUGCUGGCUGGAAGCUGUGUUCUCUAGGGAAGGGAGUAAUGUUUGAUUUGUUGUAUCACUGGUACCCGCUAUAGUUGAAGAACUUGAGUGACCAGCUGCCUUAGCCAGCUUGCAAUCUACAUUGUGGAAAGCAUUGGAUAAAGUAAUUAAAUUUCCUUAAAGUAAUUAAACAGCAUCAUACAGCUUCCACUGAAAAAAAUAAAAUAAUUCUAUCUCCAAAUACCUUGCCCAGUUGUCAAUAUAAUUUAAAGCCCAUUACGUAUGAAUGUAUACUUGCUUAAACUUGCUUAACACAAGGGUCAUACAAUCUUACAGAAAAUUGUAGAGUUGGAAGGAACCAUGAAGGUCAUCUCGUUCAACCCCCUGCAAUGCAGGAAACGUUUGCCCAACUUGGAGCUUGAACCCACAACCCUGAGAUUAAGAGUCUCAUGCUCUACCAACUGAGCUAUAUGUUUUUAACAAAGGAGAGAAAUUCAGAAGAUUCUACUUAUAUAUGAGCAGUUAUACUUCCUUUUACUUGUCUAUUAUGAGUUUUAAGGCUGCAAUCCUAAAAGCAACUUCUUCUUGUUGUUGUUUAGUCGUUUAGUCGUGUCUGACUCUUCGUGACCCCAUGGACCAGAGCACGCCAGGCACUCCUAUCUUCCACUGCCUUCCACCGCAGCUUGGUCAAACUCGUGUUCAUAGCUUCGAGAACACUGUCCAACCAUCUCGUCCUCCGUUGUCCCCUUCUCCUUGUGCCCUCCAUCUUUCCCAACAUCAGGGUCUUUUCCAGGGAGUCUUCUCUUCUCAUGAGGUGGCCAAAGUAUUGGAACCUCAGCUUCAGGAUCUGUCCUUCCAGUGAGCACUCAGGGCUGAUUUCCUUAAGAAUGGAUAGGUUUGAUCUUCUUGCAGUCCAUGGGACUCUCAAGAGUCUCCUCCAGCACCAUAAUUCAAAAGCAUCAAUUCUUCGGCCAUCAGCCUUCUUUAUGGUCCAGCUCUCACUUCCAUACAUCACUAUGGGGAAAACCAUAGCUUUAACUAUACGGACCUUUGUCGGCAAGGUGAUGUCUCUGUUUUUUAAGAUGCUGUCUGGGUUUGUCAUUGCUUUUCUCCCAAGAAGCAGGCAUCUUUUAAUUUUGUGACUGCUGUCACUAUCUGCCUUGUUGCUAUGCCGUGCAGGGCCACCCAAGGCGGACAGGUCAUAGUGGAGAGUUUUAACCAAACCUGGAGCAGGAACCGGCAAGCCACUACAGUAUCCCUGCCAAGAAAACUCGAUGGACAAAAGCACUUAUCUGAGUAUAAAUACUAUUGUACUUGAUGAAACUUACUUCUGAGAAGACAUGCAUAGGAUUGCACUGCAGAUCGGUGUCUGUCUACAGGCUUUGUUGAGUAGAUCUUCAGCCAUUGUUUGAGAUGGCACCCAACUGUUCUAAACAAUUUCAACAAGAGCAUCAAAUGGGGCUAUUAAACUAUUCCUAAUGUAUGCAGAUUUGAAAUAAUUAUAAUGUAACUGAAAAGUUCUAAGUUUCUGGUGAUCAAUGCUUCAUUUUUUAAUGAAAGACAUAGAAAGCUAAUGAGUUAGAUCAGUGAAAUGGUUUUACAUGGUACAUUUAUGCCUCUGCUCUUCAUAAAGAAAGUGCUAAAAAGUUCUACAGAAACAAAUUGAUUCUGCAGAGCAAGUCAGCAGUUAAUGAGCUGACAUUUCUUUUUAAAAAUAAAGAAAGAAAGACUUGAUUAGCAUGCAUGUACUGUAUAAAUAUUUGGGAAAGGAAGGACUUUAAAAUUCUAAAGAACUCUUUUUUAAAAUAGAAAAUGGCAUGACACCAUUGAAAGGAGCUAAAGAUGGACAAGCUUGGAUGAAUAAUAAGGUUCAACUUUGUUUUAAAAGCUCUUGAUCAGUUUCAUUCUCAAAGUCAAAAUAUGUUUAAAUCAAGCAACAUGCUUCAUAACUUGUAGCAGAAAUUUACUGGCCUGGGCUACACUGGAAGUGAAAACAAGUUUGUCCUUAAUGUGUUAAUUUGAUCAUCUUUCUCCUUUUGAAUAAAGCAGCAUCUACUGGAAUCAUGAAGUAUAUAUUGGACCGCUAUUACCUAUUCAGCUAUUUAAUGAGUGAGCAGCAUUAAUCUAGAUCUUGGGCAACUUCUCUGAUGAGCCUUUGAAAUGUCUGUAAUAUGAAAAUACACCGCUUAGUUACUUUAUAUAACGGUUUGCCAAGUUAAUCUCAUUAUCUAAUACCUGAUUUAUUAUCAUCAUUUGUUUUUCUGGAUAUAACUUUCCUCCUUUUGCCCGGAAUAAUGAAAGGGAUUCAUUUUCAAAGGAACUAGUGGUACUGAGGUACACAAAUUGGGUACUUGGGGCUUGUCUGCAUACAGCAAGAGUGUUUCAGGACAUGUGAUUUCAUUUUGGUCUGUCUUGCGGAGCAUAUGCAGAUUCACUUUCUAGAACGUAAUUAUUUCUGAGGAAGCAAAAGAUCACAUGAAUAUUCUAGUAGGAAUUGAACUGAACCAAACUGGCAUCAAACAUGGUUGCUCAAAUGAGUUGCAACUUUCUAUUUGUGCUUUUGUCUAGGUGAAUCGAUUUUGAAGGUGAAACAGCUGGUAGGGUAGGGUAGGGUAGGGUAGGAGGCAGCAAAGGGUAGAAUAAGCUGGGGGGGCACUUAAUUCUGACUUGUGCUUUUGUGCUCACAUGGUGCACACACCAGUAGUGUACCUGUUUCCCUGGAUUUUAGUAGGUAGGCUGUGUUAAAAUAGUUCUGAAUGCUCAGUAGGAUUGCUGCUAGUCAGGAUUCUUUGUUGGUAUUGAAACAAGCAGCGAGAAAAUACCUGGAAAUGCUAAAUUGAGCCCCAAAUAUUUGAAGUAGUGUUUGUGAAUGCUAGGACUCCCAAAAGACCUCAGUAGAUCAAAUUAAGACUUCUUGGCUAAUUGUGCUAGAUGAACUGUUUGUUUUAGCUUGACAUUUAAUAAAAGCGUUUAUUAUCUCUAAUGAACUCAUAUUAGUGUCUCCUAUAAUACUCUGCUGCUUAGCUAGAGAAUCAACUCAUUGUCACACAGUUAAGCAACAGUAUAGGGAUUUUGGUGGGUUUAGUUCUGUUGACUUCCCAGUGGGAUUAAGUAUUGAAAGCAUUCCCCCACACCUGUAAGCGGAUUGUGAAACUUGCUGGAAAAUAUCAGAAAAGUGUGCAAAAGCACUAAACAGAAGGCUAGAAACACUUCAAAUAUAUUUAGCCUUUUUCCUUUCUAAAAGAAAGAGAAAAUGUUCUCCCUGUCUUUUUCUCCCUGUCUUUACAUCUCCAAAGUUAGCAGUAUGAAAUUAACAUUAUGAAACUUACGAUUCUUAGGACCAGUAUGGUGUGUUAAGCAGCUCAUUUUGUGUGUCAUCAAAGGGCAAUAUAUUGUUAGUUGCAUUUUUACUUCCGAGGAGGAGGAGGAGGUGCUUGUGGGAUUUUCUAUAUUAAGUGUCCUUGGGUACUCUAUCCCUUGAGAUGGGAGGGGGAGCGCAAGUUGCUGCCCUGCCUUAAGCAGCAAAAUAACAUGAUUUCAGCUCCUGGGAUUCCAAAUAUGCAUUAGGGCACUGAUUAACUCUUCUCUGCAUGAUUAAGAAAUGAGCAUCAGCAUUGUCACUGGGGCGAUAGGAGAAGCUGGCAAAGUGACACUUUAUAAGAAUAAAAAUCCAAAGUGGUUGGGAGACAAGAGUGUAUUACGGUGCUUGAGUUACUGAAUUUCUUCAAAUCCUUACAGCUUUUGCCCUUCCUGUUUUAUUUUUUCUGUCAAUGGAGCAUACUUGCUCUUGCAAACAGGGUGCCCUGUGAUGCGGUGUGUGGUCAGUUUUCUGCCUAUAGCCCGCUCUUUACAUCAGACUAUGUUAAUAGGUACAGAUUUAAGGUUUUCCAAAGAACAGGUGUUGUAUGCAGCUGGAAAUCAGGAAGGAAGACCCAGAAGGAAGUAUUUGUAAAGCUUUAUGCUUGCUGCUGCUGUGUAAUGCAUACUGCUUGCAGCCAAAGUGUAAGAAUGAAAGAGGCCAAAACCUGAGUGAAGCUUGGUGUAUAAGAUGCUUCAGAAUCUAGGGCAGACUGUUGGGUUUAAUGUUUUAUUAUUAGACCUGACCAUCGUAGUACUGUGUGUUAUGAUAUUUGAGCGUGGGAGUUCAGAGUAUUAUUGAUUUCACCUCUUUUAAAUUUCAGCAGCUUCCCAAGAGACAGAGUGAGUUAGUAAGGAUGCAAAAUAUGUAAGUAAUAUAUUUUACUAGCUAAAGAGUUUAGGCCAACAAUUUUUUUAAACUUCUUAAAUGUUUUCUUUUUGGAGUAAGGGAUGAUCCAACUGUCUGCUUUUGGUGACUCCUGUUUCUCUCUCUUUCUCUCUCCCUUCCCUUAAUCUUCUCCAAACUAUGGGCACAACAGUAGCUGUUCUUUCUCCUCCCUUUGUAAAGGUGUACAUCUUAUGGGCUUGUUGGUAUCUUACUGGGAUUUAGUUCUGCAUAAUACAGCAAGAUUGGGGGCUAAGAAGGGAAAGCCCUUGGUAGUAGACAAGAACCAGUAAAAACUGAUGUCUUAAAACGAUGAUCACUUAGAUGCGCUGUGCUCUUGAGGCAAAUAUACAAAUGAAAGUGCUGUAUGCUGGAAACUUUAAAUGGCUGCAAGAGUUCAACCUGGCUUUAAAGCUACUUGGUAGCAUCCUGCUUUAGUUAAAAAUAGUAAAAUAUAUAUGGUAGAGCUUUGCUCAGCCAAAGUUAGAGAUUAAAUAAAAUUGUGUAGCUUAUUUAGAAGUCUUGGUAAGCUAGUUUACACUGACCAGGUGCCUUCUGUCUUUCAGACUCUUCGCAGGUGCUACAGCCGAGUAAAAGAGCAUGGCGUUGGGAAAAGGAAAAGCAGUUACACCUUUGAACAGCUGGAGCAGGUGUUUGGUCAAGGAGGAUGGGACUCUCAACCCUGCCAGCCUGUGCUUAUCAAUAGCAGUGGCCUAUACCAAGAGUUGGAGUCAGACGGCAGCACUAUGGAGGAAUAUUCGCAGGACGAAUGGGGGAACCACAGUCAGGACCUUCAUUGCUACCAGUCAGGAGACCAAGAGUUAGGUAUGAAAUACUAGUCUUCGUCAUUGCUAACUAUAAUUCUGCUGCUGCCAUAUAUGCUGCUUGUUGCCAUUGUGUAUCUUGAUGAAGAGGUUUAAAUCAUCUCAUUAUAAAUAAGGAAAAUGGAAUGCACAGAGGAGGACUGCUGUACUUCCUUGGCCAGUUUGGUUCAUUCUGUCUCCCUCUCUCUGCCUGUGUAGGCUUAACACAGGCUUCCUCAAACUCGGCCCUCCAGGUGUUUUGAGACUACAAUUCCCAUCAUCCCUGACCACUGGUCCUGCUAGCUAGGGAUCGUGGGAGUUGUAGGCCAAAAACAUCUAAAGGGCUGAGUUUGAGGAAGCCUGGCUUAACACUUGCUUCCCUACUGGCCACUGCACCCACAAGCUCUCAGGAACACUCCCCCACCCCCGUUUCUAGAAAAUAGCUCACACAUGAGAAACAAAAGCUGCAGCAUUUGAGAGUUUCAAACAGUGCAUUUAGAUAUUGCAAGUUUCCCUAUGUUUUGCUGAUUGUUAUUUUCCUUAUAGUUAUGGAUGCACGUGGGUGUUUUUACAGAAAUGUUUUUUCUGUUUGAUGUUACUUGAAAUAAGAAUUGGUGGUACACAGGAAAUCUAAAUCAGAUGCAAAGGUUUGUUAUAUGCAAUCUUCAAAUAUAAGCAGGGCAGAAUUGCCUUAUGUAAAUAUUCAAUAAAGUGACCUUCUGGCUUGAUUCUUGGUACAGUGGUGCCCCGCAAGACGAAUGCCUCGCAAGACGGAAAACCCGCUAGACGAAAGGGUUUUCCGUUUUUGAGUUGCUUCGCAGGAUGAAUUUCCCUAUGGGCUUGCUUCGCAAGACGAAAAUGUCUUGCAAGUCUUGAGAUUUUUUUUCGCUUCGCCCCCUUUAUCUAACCUGCUAAGCCUUUAAUAGCCUUUAAUAGCCUUUUAGCAGCUAAUCCGCUAAGCCUUUAAGCCUUUAAUAGCCGCUAAACCGCUAAUAGCGCUAAUCCGUUAAGCCGCUAAUAGGGUUGCUUCGCAAGACGAGAAAACCGCUAGACGAAGACUCUCGCGGAACGGAUUAAUUUCGUCUUGCGAGGCACCACUGUAUUAUUCUUAAGAAGAGUGUGAUUCUCUAAUCUGUACAUAAUGCUGAAUAAAUCUAACUUUUAUUGCACUUUUAAGUGCUAUUUAAAUAUAUGUCAGGACGUUUAAAUUUAAAAAGUAGCAAGUUUUUGUUUUUAACAAUUAUUUGUAACCCAAUCUUUCAGAUGAAAUGCCUGCUAUGAAGAAAUCAUUGAAGAUAAAACAGGAAUCUUCUGAAGAAUCCCAGUGAGUAAUUUAUGAGUGUCCUACCUGGGAAUCUCUGACAGUAGUUGAUUUUAGAAUGAGGGCAUCUAAAACUUCAGACAAUAACUAUAAAGUUCUUCAAGCUUUCUCUGUGCAGAACUCGUUUGUAUAAAAUGGGUCUUUAACCUCUGUAACACAUACAGCCAUCAGCCGCGUGUAUAUUGCCCACUGAAAUCCAGACACUGGUCUAUGUAAUGUUCUUACUUUAAAUUUUUAUUUCCCACCCCAUUUUAUUUCUCAAGUUCAGGUAGAUGAUGGAGAGUCAAGUUGACAUUCACCAAAUUACUUGUUUGCCAAUGAUACUCUUAUCCUGUCCAGUUCAAAAUUUGAGCCACUCAGAGUAGCUAACCCACAUUAAAAAUAUAGUUAUAACAGUUAUUUGGUUGGUAACUGUGAGAACACGAUACUGGAUGGGCCAUUGGCCUGAUCCUGCAAGCUAUUAUACAUUUUAUUAGAAUAAAAGCAAACACGCUACAGAUAAAAUUUGACAGAAGGAGGGAAGCAGCAGAAUCGACUAACAUCCAGGUUAAAAGCCUGAUUUCUCUUUCUCUGUUGUACACCGCCACCCCCCUCUCUCUCUCUUUCUGACACACAAAAUCCAUUCGGGUAGAAAUAGAAUGUCAUUUGGGCCAAUCAUAUCUUCUGAGGCAGGGAAUUUUUGAAAGCUGAGUGCUCACAACUGGGAGAGGUUUCAUGUAGUCGCAGCAAUAGACCUUCAAAUGGGAGAGCGACACACAAGCAGGAUUAUCCAGAUAACUUCAUUGGGCAGGCAGGAUUGUACAAUAAGAGAAGAUCCUUUAGGUAUUCUGGUCUCAUCCAUUAAUAGCCAGCACUUGAAUUGCACCUGGAAGUAAACUGGCGGCCAGUACAGUUAAUACAAGUCUAGUAACCCACGCUACUGCAAAGUCUUGCUUGGAAGGAAUAAUUUUCUGGAAAUAUUAAAAAGAGAUUAUGAGAAGAGCAUAUUUUUGUGUUGUGCACCGUCCUGGCUUCCAAAAUCUGCUUGUUCCCUAGGAAGAUGACAUGUGCAACCCUGUUUUUCCAGGGUGACUCUGGACCACCUUUAUUAUCUAAGUAGCAGUUUGUAGGAUUGUGUCAUCGUGUGUGAUUGACUGUGUUGAAUGCAGCUACUUGGAAAUUCCUGUUUUCAUGCCCUGGAAUGCUUGCCAGACACAGUAGUAUUCAUAUGGGUGGGUUUAUCAGGCAGCGCACAGCCAUUUAAAUCAGUAGUACACCAGUUAGAGGUCUCCCCACACCAAAGAGGGUAACUACUAGUUAGGUCUCAGUACACCUUUGAAAUAAUUUGGCAAAGACAGGUUAAGCUGCUGAAUAAGCCAAGAUAAUUGUACUUGUAACAAACUUUUGGAAAGAUGUUAGAUCACUAUGUGGGACUCAAACCCAUGACGAUGAGAUGAAGAGUCUCAGGCUCUACCAACUGAGCUAUCUAGAGAUCAAACCUGGGACUUUCUGCAUGCCCUGCCUCUGAGCUUUCUUUGAAUUAUGCUAGAUAACACUAGGACCAUUUUAAAUGGUGCAUUUAGAAUUAUUGUGGUGAUUAAGGCACCACCACAGUUCUCCACAGUGUAUAAGCUUUACUGACCAGAAAAUGCCUUUGGAGGAAGCCGGUCAGGUUAGUUAUAUGAAAUUAUAUUCAAAAAGAUCCAGGGCAACAUUUUUAAUUUCUGUAGCUACUAUAUGUGUUUCCAGUGCCAGAUGUUCUUGCAAAGGGGUCAAACUUUUUUAGCAGGGAGCCGGUCCACUGUCCCUCAGACCUUGUGGGGGGCCGGACUAUAUUUUGAAAAAAGAAGAACAAAUCCCUAUGCCCCACAAAUAAUCCAGAGAUGCAUUUUAAAUAAAAGGACACAUUCUACUCAUGUAAAAACAUGCUGAUUCCCGGACCGUCCGCGGGCCGGAUUUAAAAGGCGAUUGGGCCACACCCGGCCCCCGGGCCUUAGUUUGCCUACCCAUGUUCUUGCAUAUGAAAGUUGGUGUUUAAAACUUAUACCUCUUCUUGUGCUCUUCUAAACUAAGGUUACCAGAUUUUUUUCAAUGAAUCCAGGGACACUUUUCAACUUCAAUGGAUUUUGUAUGGGGACUGAUUUGUAAAUCCAGGGACUGUCCCUGGGAAACGGGGAUGUCUGGUAACCUUAUUCUAAACCCCUUGAUUGCCUGCCUUAAACCUUACACUUUGUUUUUUUCUUUUUCUUUAAGGAAGCGUGAUAUGAUGCAGAAUAUUGUACAGAUCUUGGAAUCCGUCCAGUUAAAAUGGGAAUUAUUUCAGAGCUGGACAGACUUCUCUAGGCUGCAUCUUUCUAACAAACUGGCCAUUUUUGGCAUUGGCUACAACACACGGUGGAAGGAGGAUAUCCGCUACCACUACGCGGAGAUUAGUUCCCAAGUCCCCCUUGGCAAGCGGCUCCGGGAAUAUUUCAACUCGGAGAAACCAGAGGGCAGGAUCAUAAUGACCAGGGUACAGAAAAUGAACUGGAAGAACGUUUACUACAAAUUCCUAGAGAUCACUAUUAGCGAAGCCAGGUGCCUAGAGCUUCACAUGGAGAUUGACUGGAUUCCUAUUGCUCACUCUAAGCCAACAGGUGGAAAUAUUGUGCAGUAUUUAUUACCUGGGGGUAUUCCCAAGAGUCCUGGUCUGUAUGCCAUUGGUUAUGAAGAUUGUCAUGAGAAACUACAGUCUCCUGAUCAUGAGGGCGUCAGCCAAGACCCUGAAAAUGAGACACUGGGGGAAGCAGAUAUGCCCCUGUCACAAGCGUCGCUCAAAGUCGAGAUGGAAUCCACCCGAAUAAUAUAUUGUUACCUUGGUAUUGCCGAGGUCAGAACUCUUCAGCAGUGCUUGUUCUUACAUUUUCAAGCAAACACCAAAACCUUCAGCAAAGAGUGGGUUGGAAUCAAUGGCUUUUUAUCUCAAAACUGUAUUGUAGACCCGGGAAUUUCUCCCAAGUCCAUCUACAUCAAAUUUGUAGAAGUAGAGAGGGACUUCCUUUCUGCUGGCUCUUUGGUAGAGUGUCUGGAAAAAGCCAUUGGAUACCCCUUGAAAUUUAACAACUGAAUUUCGUCCUUCAUAAGGAUUGCAGGUUUGACUCUUCUGUGGCAUUGGGGCGUCUUACAGAAUCUUGCAGUACAGGACUGGGCGAAAUAAGCCUUCCUGAAUGAACUUGAACAAAAAAAAGACACUUGCGAAUGAUUUUACAAAAUGCGUAUCCCAAGUCAGUAAAAUAUACAGCUUACUUGCCUUGGGCCAGUUAGCUGGUUUUGUAAAGAGAAGACUCUGAAAGGGAGCCUGUAAAUACAAUGACUGUUGGUACAUUCCACGUUGGACAAACGUACACUUUGCGUUUCAUAUGAAAAAGCUGUUUUCCACAAUGUCUCAUUUUUACACAUCUUGUCUCUAUAAGUGUUAUUACAGUUAUGUAAUAAAUAAGCAAUAGAUAAUGGCAAGUUUAAACUUGGAGUCACUUGAGACUGUUUUUCAGUGCCACCCUUUGCUCCUCUUGUAUAUAAUUUAGCAUUUCACUUUUUUCACCCAUCAAGUGUUUUUUACUGUUUCCAACCAGUGUUGCCUGCAAAAACUUCUGUUUCUGUGAUGUAUCCCACUUUACUAGUAGUGUUGCCAUAUCAAUUUUUUUUUUUGGUUUUGGUUAUUUUAUUUUAUUUUUUUACAUUAAAGGAAUCCCUGGCAUUUUUAAACAAAUUUAGUUCGCCUCUUUAUGUGGCAGUGAAAGUAACUCAACUGCUGGGAUGCAUUUUGCCAUACCAUGCUUUUAUCAAAUACAAUCAAAGCUGUGAGAAGGGGGUGGGAGGUGGGGAGGGGAAAGUUAUGGACCAGGGGAGUAAGCCUUUUUAAUGCCUCAUCAAAAUGUGACUAUAUAAGCCCCAUUACGCUGCUGGCAAGGUCCGGCUUUUUAAAAGUUCUUUUUUUAAAAACCUCAUUGAUCAGUGAAAGUUGUGGCAUACAAUGAAUGUGUCAGUCCAAAUAAAAACAAACAAACAUGUGA